AUGGUGGUUGUACAGGCUUCUAGGAAAACAAUUUCAGUCUCAGAGGGCAAUGUAAUGUCGUCAAAUAAAGGACCUCAGAAUGUCAUGAAUGUCUCGGUGAAGGCACAGGAUUCCCUUUAUUAUAUUUGUUUGAAUGUGAAGAGAAGGUUGGAGCGUUUACCACAGUUGUUACCUUAUUUAAAUUUAGCAUAUGCUUCAAGCGAGCUACUGAGUGAAAGACAAUCAUUGUUACUGUCUCAGAAACAACAGCAGCAGUUAUUGGAGAAGCAGCAGGAACAAAGCCCCAAGCUUAAUGGUCAGGGUCAUAGAAGUAUAUCUUCUGCUGUCAGAGACAGCCACGAUGGCUUCAUGAGUAGUACGAAUUCUGCGGUUCGCUCGAGCUCUAUUUCAAAUAUUAGCAUUAAAGACGAAAUAUCUAUGGAUGGUAUAACAUAUACGAACUCAAGUUCGAAUAAUAGUGGCACCAGUACAAAUAUGGAAGAUACUAUGCUCACUUUCAGUAUGGGUAUCUUGCCAAUUUCCAUGGAUUGUGAUCCAGUAACGCAGUUAUCCCAAUUAUUUCAACAGGGGUCUCCCCUCUGUAUCCUCUUCAACGCCGUCAAACCACAAUACAAAGUUCCCAUCGUAUCUUCAGAUGAUCUGAAGAUUUGUAAAAAAUCUAUUUACGAUUUUAUACUGGGUUGUAAAAAACAUUUUGCAUUUAAUGAUGAAGAACUAUUCACAAUAUCAGACGUGUUCGCAAAUUCUACAACGCAGCUUAUGAAAGUUCUUAGCGUUGUCACCACACUCAUGGACUCUGCGCCUGAAAUUUUCCCAUCAUCUGAAAGAGUACAACUUCAUAUUGAUAAAGAAUUAGAUUCAUACAAUACUACGAAAGAUACCAAGCAUCAUACUAAGAAAGAUGAUGAGUAUAUUAAAAUUAUCAAAGAAUUUGUGGCUACAGAAAGAAAGUACGUUCACGAUUUAGAAAUACUGGACAAAUACAAACAACAACUAUUAGAUUACAAUUUGAUUACAUCUGAAGAAUUAUACAUGCUUUUCCCCAAUUUAUCAGAAGCUAUAGACUUCCAAAGAAGAUUUUUGAUUUCACUGGAAAUCAAUGCUUUAGUUGAACCACCAAAACAAAGAAUUGGUGCUCUGUUUAUGCAUUCGAAAUAUUUUUUCAAAAUUUAUGAGCCCUGGUCUAUUGGUCAAAAUGCUGCUAUUGAUUUUCUUACAUCAACUUUAGCUAAGAUACAAUCUUCCAAUUUCAUAAUCACCAAUAAGUUAGAAUUGCAAUCAUUCCUCUAUAAGCCUGUCCAAAGACUGUGUAGGUAUCCAUUACUGCUAAAGGAAUUAUUAUCUGCCAAUGAGGCUGUAAAUGGCGCUGAUUCUUCUACAACUGACAAUAAUGCCAAAGAACUUGAAAUUGCACUUGAUAUCUCCAAGAAAAUCGCCGGUAGUAUUAAUGAAAAUCAGAGAAGGACCGAGAACCAUCAAAUUGUGAAAAAACUUUAUGGUAGAGUAAUUAAUUGGAAGGGUUAUAGAAUUGCGAAAUUUGGAGAGUUACUGUAUUACGAUAAAGUUUUCAUUUCAACAAAUAACUCUAAUGAACCCGAACGAGAAUUCGAUGUAUAUCUUUUUGAAAAGAUUAUAAUCUUAUUUUCUGAAAUAGUACCAAGAAAAUCCUCUUCAUUGAUGUUAAAGAAGAAAAAUACUAGCGCAUCCACAUCUUCACUAACUUUGAACAGCACUAGCAAUAAUAAUAAGACAGGUUCUCAUAGCGGGUCAACGGCAUCUUUAAUUUCAGCUUCUGAACCAAAGUUGGACCUAAGAGGACGUAUAAUGAUAAUGAAUUUGAAGCAAAUCAAUCCAUUGAAUACCCAUUCUUUAAAUAUAACUUGGGAGUCUGUUAAGGAGCAAGGAACAUUUCUUUUGAAAUUCAAAAAUGAGGAAACUAGGGAUAACUGGUCUUCCUGUCUCCAAUCACUUGUUCGUAACGUCAAAAGCGAGUCAUAUAAGAGUACCAUAAGCGAACACUCCUAUAGUUCUGGAGCAUCAACUAAGUCACCAACUGUCAACUUGCAUGAUAGUAUUACAUCCAUUAGUAGUCCAGUAGCGAAUCACAUAUCUGAUUUGUUACCAAGGCAAAUUUCUCAGCAAAAGAAAAGAGUGUCUAACUUUGAAAAUCUCAACAGAGUAAUGUCAGAAACUUAUAAAAAUUCCAUUCCUGAUAAUUGCAUUCUGAUAAGAAUUUCGUUCAACUCUGAUUUUUAUACAAUACUGAUUGAAUUAAAUUCCGAUUUUAUCCAGUUACUUGAUACGGUUAAGAAGAAACUCAAUCCAUUUGGUACGAUAACGAAAAUAAAAUAUCGAGAUGAAGAUGGCGAUCGUGUCAUGCUUGCUUCUGAAGAUGAUUGGCUUGUGGCAAAAGAUAUGUUACGGGAUGGCAACGAACGUAUUCUGAAUAUAACAGCAUAUAAAUAA